GAAUCAGGGUUUGAUUUAUUUGAUUGUUCGGAUGGAGAAAAUGUUAAUGAUGCAGAUUAAAUUUAAAAGUGUGCCCGGGUAUAUUUCCUUCCCGCAAUGUUAAACAUUUACCAGUAUACCCCUGCUCUAAGGUUCCUUGUCACUCUAAUCUAUGUUCCUAUACCAACACAUAGUCGAACACUCAUGUAGUCACUCAAGAGCCUACAGGACCUUCGUCUAUUACCUCGGGGCCAGUCUACCUGAGGAUACGGAGCAAUUAGACUAACCCCCACCCCAGAAACACGCAUGCGCCACGGGCCACCUCAGUAUAACAGCAUGGAACCGCUAUCAGCCUUGUCUUUAAAAAAGCUUCUGGAUCUAUUCUAUUCCUCCUGUCACCUCUAAAUAACUAGUGUCCCAAGCUAGACUAUAAGAAUGUGUAUCAUUUUGGUACUCGGCUAUUCCAAUUUUAAAAUACACAACGGCCCUGGGCAUCAACCAUCUUAGAUCUGGGCAGAAGCAUCAGUCAUGGGACCUUCCUACACUUCGCUGCCUGAGGCUACCACAAGGAAAGAGUCCCUCUGGUGGCCGGAAGUGUUAAUGUUGAGUCCUUUGCUGUACUUUCUAGGGAGAAACGGCCUCUUACGGUCCAGGCCUCUAGGAGGAAACGGAGGCAAGGUUCCCCGACGCUCUAGCCUGUGCCUCUCGGAUCCUACGAGGGGGCGGGGCCUAGCUGCUUCGGUAGCGUUGGAGCCUGCGGAGCGGGCGGUCACGGAGGCCCUGAGGGCUGCGGAGACGACCAGUAAUUGCCAGGGGGAUCGGGACUGAGACCACCGGACUCCUCCCUUCCUGUUCCGACCCCGCCCUUACCCACUACCCCCCGCCCCCGCACUUGCUCCCCAGGCGGGUUUGGCUUUGGCCUACGUAACUCUCCCCGCGACGGGCUGGACGAUGCCCAAGAAGCUGCUGCUGCUUCCCCCGCUCUCUGUUUCCUCGUCCUUUCGCGCCCUUCGAGCUCGACCCGCCGCCUUCCCAACCAUGAAUGCCGCCCGUACGGGAUACCGGGUUUUCUCGGCCAACUCCACCGCAGCCUGCACGGAACUGGCCAAGCGCAUCACUGAGCGUCUUGGUGCUGAGUUGGGAAAAUCUGUUGUGUACCAGGAAACAAAUGGAGAAACAAGAGUUGAAAUAAAGGAAUCUGUUCGUGGUCAAGAUAUCUUCAUUAUACAGACAAUACCAAGAGAUGUGAACACAGCUGUUAUGGAGUUAUUGAUCAUGGCCUAUGCACUGAAGACUGCCUGUGCCAGAAAUAUUAUUGGAGUCAUCCCUUACUUUCCCUACAGCAAACAAAGCAAAAUGAGAAAGAGAGGUUCCAUUGUAUGCAAGCUCCUAGCUUCUAUGCUAGCCAAAGCAGGUUUAACACACAUUAUAACUAUGGAUCUUCAUCAAAAGGAAAUACAAGGCUUUUUCAGCUUUCCUGUGGACAACCUUAGAGCAUCACCUUUCCUACUUCAGUAUAUCCAAGAAGAAAUUCCAAAUUAUAGAAAUGCAGUCAUUGUAGCCAAGUCUCCUGAUGCUGCAAAGAGGGCCCAGUCAUAUGCUGAGAGACUUCGCUUGGGUUUAGCUGUAAUACACGGAGAGGCUCAAUGUACAGAGCUCGACAUGGAUGAUGGACGUCAUUCUCCUCCAAUGGUCAAAAAUGCCACCGUCCACCCUGGUCUUGAGUUGCCUUUGAUGAUGGCCAAAGAAAAACCACCAAUUACUGUAGUUGGAGAUGUUGGAGGGCGGAUUGCCAUCAUAGUGGACGACAUCAUUGAUGAUGUGGAAAGUUUUGUGGCUGCUGCUGAGAUACUCAAAGAGCGAGGUGCCUACAAGAUUUACGUCAUGGCCACUCACGGCAUCUUGUCUGCAGAUGCUCCCCGCCUCAUCGAGGAAUCUUCCAUUGAUGAGGUGGUGGUGACCAACACAGUUCCUCAUGAGGUACAGAAGCUGCAGUGUCCCAAGAUAAAGACUGUUGACAUCAGUUUGAUUCUUUCAGAAGCCAUACGAAGAAUCCAUAAUGGGGAGUCCAUGGCCUACUUGUUUAGAAACAUUACUGUAGAUGAUUAGAAUCCAGAAUUGCUUUUGUUCUGGGGCUCUUGAGAAAAAACGGCAUUGCCAUCAGUUAUGUAUAUCACAUGUUUCUUUGUGGGGAGGAGAGUGCUGGAAAUUUCUUGGAGAGAUGGUGGAGGAAAUUAAAUUGAGCAAUGUUUGUACCAGAAACUUUCUUUGACCAUAUGGAGAAGCAUUGUGACAGAGAUGGUGCAAAAGGAAUGAGUCAGCAGCCUGAAGGAUCUCCAACCAAUCCAAUUCUUUUUAUAAAAGCUAUAAAUCCUGUGCUUAAAAUGAAUCCAUUUCAAAGACUCAUCUGGAACUGUUUCAUAAUCCUACUAAUUGGUUUGUUUUUAGGAAAAUGGAUUUGUUAUGUUGAAAUUGCUUCUACAAACAGAAUGCUUACCCAUAGUGUUCAUGAACCAAAUAUCUCUUUUCUUAAAGAUAGGAGUAAGAAUUUCAUCACUUAAACAAGGAUAUGAAAGGCAGCUAGACAGUUCAGUGGACAGAGAGCCAAGCUUGGAUACAGGCCUGAGUUCAAAUCUGGUCUCAGAUGAUAGCUGUGUGACCCUGGACAAGUCACUUAACCCUAGUUGCCUAGCCCAUACAGCUUUUCUACAGCAAUUGAGGGUGUGUGUGGGGAAGGUGUGCAUUUACUCCCCACUGACACCCCAAAACAGUAAAUAAAGCUCUGCCCCUUCUCAAGCGUAUGUCCCUGCCAAUCCUGUCCAGUGGCCAUUCAAGAAGGUGUGUGUGCAACAUGUUCUUGAGACCGAAAUUCAACAGUUAUAAAUUACAUGUUAAUAUGAGAUUAAAAUUCCUCAUCUGUUGGGACGCAAGGACACUGCCCGUAACCAAGCAAGAGCCCCCACUGACCUACAACACAUUCCACUUCAGAAAUAUUUGAGGGCCAGGAAGCAUCAAUGGACCACUGUGUGGUCGUGUUCUCACUCAACUUGAAAGUUUUCUGCUCUCUUCAAUAAGUUCCCAACCUUCUAGAUAAGACUUUUUAGUCAAUUUAAUUAAAUUCUUCCAGAGCUGCCUUAUAUUACUGAUCUUUUUGAUUCUUCUACAAGUAGAUGGAGUUUGGGUUGGAAAGACCCCACAGAUUUAGGGGAAAUAGUAUUGUCUGGCAGAGUCCUAGACGAGGUAGGCCUUUAGAGGCCAACUGCUGUAUAACAUGCAGAAUAUUAUUUUAUUCCUCUGGAUCCAUUUCCUCCACUACAAGACAGGAAGGUGGGGACGAUGGUCCAUUCGGCUUCUAGAAUCUGUUGACCUCUUAGGUAACUUGCGAAAUUCUGUAUUUAAUAGAUUUACUAAUACCACAUGGUAAGCGUAUUCUAUAUUGGAGUACAAAGUUACCUGUGGCCAAAAUGUAUUAUUUCUUUAUUUUUGUCCAAGUUUGGUGUCUGGGGGGGCUGGCUUCAAUAAUUCUGGAGUAAGAAAAAAAAUCAAACCAUGGUUCUCUAAGCUAAACUAAUUACAGAGCCAGAUGAGCUAGUUUUGUCAUGCUUGCUGUUGUAGGAAUCUGCUAGAGUAUAAAGAGAUUGGGGGUUGUUUUGGGGGCUUUUUUUAAAAGUUGAAAUAAACAAAUAAAACAGCAA